CCAGGCUCAGUCUUCCCUCUAAUCUGUCCCCAAUCUUCUCACAUUAACUUCAAGACUUAUAAACUAGUUUACCUAACUUCAAAACCUUCUUCUAAACUACUUUCCUACCAUUAUUUGUCAAUUCAAAAAAAAGCACCACCAUAAAUAUUAAGACGACUACCACAACCAUCUUCAACGACAUUUUUACCAUAUUCCGACGACCUUCAACAACUUGUACUUUCACGAAAGAACUUUUCCAGCUCCUCCACCAAAAAAAGAACUAAAAAGAUGUCGGCUCCUAAGCGUCAACGUGUGUCCGAAGAGGACAUCAAAAAUUCCUCUCCCACUAGUGAUGCCACCACUCAACAGCAGGAUAACGAUAAGCGCCUUCCAGUCACUGUCCUCUCCGGUUUCCUCGGAUCUGGCAAGACGACCACUCUGACCCAUGUUUUGAACAACAGAGCGGGUUUGAAGAUUGCGUUGAUCGUCAAUGACAUGGCUUCCGUGAACGUGGAUUCUUUGGCUAUCGACAACGUCACCAAGGACCAGAUGCGCAAGGCGGCUGCUGAUGCCGAGGAGAAGGAGAAAGUCCAAGCCCAAAAGCCCAAGAUGGUCUCGCUUCAAAACGGUUGCAUCUGCUGCACUCUGCGUGAAGACCUCGUCGAACAAGUUUCGGAACUAGCCGCCGACAACAAGUACGACUACCUGAUCAUCGAGAGCACUGGCAUUUCUGAACCUGUUCCAGUCGCUCAGACGUUUUGCCACAGUCUCAAAGAGUUGGAAGAAAUGGCGGGACAUCAUCAUCACGACCACAAUCAUGACCACGAACACGCGGAUGCUGCUCAAGGUGCUGGUGGCAAGGGAAAGAAGAGUGGAGAGCAAGACGACAAGGAAAAGGGAGAUGUUGAUAUGACUGACGCCAAUGCAUCCAAGGGUACAGCUACAGGCGAGGCGGAGGACCAAGAACAACAGCAGCAGCAGCAGCUCUCCGAAGAAGGCCAGAAGAAACUCGCAGUUCAGGCCAUUGAACUUCAGAAGAUCGCGCGUCUCGACACCAUGGUCACUGUGGUCGACGCAGCUGAGAUCUGGGACGUCCUAGGAUCAGUAGAGUCGUUGAAAGAUUCGAAAUGGUCCAAACAAGAGGCUGCGAACACAGAAGAGGGCUCUAUCGAUCUGGAAAGGACCAUCGUCGACUUGUUGGUGGAUCAAAUCGAAUUUGCCAACGUCAUCUUGUUGAAUAAGAAGGACGUGCUGUUGAAGGACGUAGUUGACGACGGUUGCGGUUCGGAGGAGUCAACAGGUGCGGGGAAAACUGGAGAUCAUAGACAAGAUGCAGUCAAAAAAGAUGACAAGAAUGGGCAGAUGAAACAGAAAAAAGUCGAACUCAUCGAAAACCUAGUGCAAAAACUGAACCCACUCGCUCGCGUCUAUUGGACCGAACAUGGCAAGGUUGAGCCAACUAGCAUCCUCGGCACCAACUUGUUCGACUUCGAGAAAGCAUCUGCCUCUGCUGGCUGGCUACAAGAACUUGCCAACAAUGGAAACCACGUUCCGGAAACCGAGGAAUAUGGGAUAUCGAGUGUCGUCUUUCGCGCUUGCCGACCCUUUGUCCCAAGCAAGCUGUACAAGAUCCUCAAUGGUUUUGGCCGUAUGUCAGAUCACGUCGCUGAUGUCGUGGCCGCUAAGAAGGCCUCCAAAAUGAGCGAAGCUGAGGAGAAAAACAUGGUCUUCAAAGGUGUAAUCCGCAGUAAAGGACAGGUGUGGCUCGCGAAUUGCGCUGCGUACCGCAUGGACUGGCACUCGGUCGGGCGUCAGUUCUCGUUGAACCGCGGUCAACCUUAUGAUGC